GUUUAUUUAAAAAUGUCAGUCGAACUGAUAUGUGUCACGUUCUUUUACAUUUUCACUUUCUUUUACACUGAUUAUAUGGUCAAUUUUCCAUUCAUCCACAAGUCAUUCAAUAUCUAAACAGUACACAAAAUGGUUUACCCUCAUUCCUACAGAACAGAGCACAGCGAGACAAAAACAACAAAUUCCGUUUACGGAGAUUACUAUGCGGCGAUGAAGAGCAAAAAAAUCAAGAUUCAGCCGAAUUUGUUGACGAUAAUCCAGUACAUCGACUCCUAUCGGUCACAAUUUUUGGACGAUCUGGAAGAAGCUGUCAAAAUCAAAUCCAUCACGACGGAUCUGAAAUACAGGGAUGAAGUUAAAAAUAUGAUCAAAUUCACGGAAGGAUGGUUGACGAAACUAGACAUGAAAUACGAAUGUUUCAAUAUUGGGUUUUACCAGGUAGACGAUCAAAAAGUCCGACUACCACCUGUCAUUUUGGCUUCAUUGGGAAAUGAUCCCAAGAAGAAAACUGUUUGUGCAUAUCUUCACCUGGACGUCCCAGAUCCGACAGGCCGUGACUGGGUCACCGAUCCUUGGACCCUCACCCAAAAGAACACGAACUAUUUCGGCAAUGGAGCCGCUUGCGGCAAAGGUCCAUUAAUGGCCUGGUUCCACGUGGUGCAGGCUUUCAAGGGUUCCAACAUGCCGCUGCCCGUCAACCUGAAGUUUGUCAUCGAGUCUAUGCACCACGAGAACAGUCAAGGAUUCGCUGAUUUCGUUGCCACCAGGAGCCAGGAUUUCUUCAGCAGCGUGGAUUUCGUGGUCCAGUGCGAUUCCGAGUGGCUGGGGGAGAAGUAUCCUUGUAUCAUCUAUGGAGCGGUGGGAAUUCUUCAUUUUCAAGUGACUAUUGAGAAACAAGAAAAUUCAAAAACCGAGAUCAAAGAUGAUAUGAUAAAUAUUUUCAAAAAAAUCGUUGACGACGAAGGUAAAAUCACCAUCAAGGGAUUCCAUGACUACGUUGAACAAAUUACGCCGGAUGAGGAGAAGAUUUAUGAAAACAUUCAAGAGUUUGAUCCAGAAGAAAUACGAGACUCGCUUCCUGAACACAAAAAAUCCUGGGACAAGGUCAAGUUGCUAAUGAGUUUUUGGCGUCUUCCUUCGAUAUUCGUAGACGAUAUCGAAGAAUGCAUAUGCGAGAAAAAAGACACGUCCGUAGUAAAGAGAAAUUUCAUCCUCAAAAUCGUGCCCAAGCAAGUGGUCGAUAGAGCUGAAAGACUUAUAAAACAGCAAUUCCAGACCUCAGCAAAAAAGUUGAAUAUUGAGAACAAAGUUACAUGCAAAAUGGUGGCUUCGACUAGGCCUUGGUUUGAAAACUAUAGAUCGCCUAGUUUUGCAGCUGCACGAAAAGCUAUCAUACAGAUAUACAAGGAGGAUCCAAACUUGAUACGAGAAGAUAGGGGCAGAGAAACAGCAACAAUAUUUGAUAACGUCUUGGAGAAAAAUAUCAUAAUUUUACCACUAUGUGCCAAAGGCGCCGAUCCUGGGGAAGCAAAUGAAAAUAUUUCUAGUAGGAAUUAUUUUGAAGGCACUAAAUUGAUAGCUGCUUAUUUGUUUCAGUUGUCUUAUCUCAAGGAAGAAUCAUAAUAGUCAUUAGUUUUCAGUUCGUCUUCAUCAUAGAUAUACAGGGUGUUUGGUUUACUGAUAGGGGUGAUAGAUACGAUGAUUCUGAAAAUGUAUAUACCUACCAUUAU